UCUCACAGCCAGAUCCGCAGAAUUCAAACGAUCAUGAACGGAAGAAAAAAUUAUGAUUCCAUCCCGACUGAUCUCAUUCCAGAGAUACUCUUAAGAUUGCCUGGAAAGUCAAUAGCAAGGUUUCGUUGCGUGUCAAAGCUAUGGCUAUCCAUACUUACCCGUCCACGUCUUUUAGUCGCACUCGAACGAGCCAACGAGGAGAUGCUCUUCUUCUCCUCGCCUCAUCCUCAGAAUCCAUAUGACAAUCCAUAUGACAAGCCUUCUCCUGUGGUAGCUGCUGAUUUUCUCAUGAAGUUCGUAUGCCCAGAACUUCGAGCGUUUACUUCUGGUUUGAUCUAUUUAUGCUCUAAUGAGCGUGUGAUUUACAAUUUAAGCACAGGAGAGUAUGUGAAUUUACCUGACCUGAAGAGAUACAGAAAGUCCAAUAGCUUUUUAGGGUAUGAUCCACUUAACAAGCAAUUCAAAGUAUUGUUCAUGGCUUAUUUAAGUGGUCCUGAUGAUCAUAGAAUUCUGACGUUAGGACCAAGUAAAAAGAAGAAGUGGAGGAAGAUCAAAUGUCGGUUAAUACAUCAGCCUUUGUAUGAUCGGGUACGCAUCAAUGGGAUAUGCAUCAAUGGGGUUUUGUAUUACAUAGGUAAAGCCGAUGGUUACACAGCUGAGGAGAGGCCUUACAUGAUAAUUUGCUUUGAUGUUAGGUCUGAGAAGUUCAAGUUUGUUAAAGCAGAAUGCUUUGGUGAUCCAAAAGCUACUAAACUGAUUAACUAUAAGGGUAAAUUAGGUGGGAUAGACUUGACAUAUAAUGACUCUGAUGCCAUUGAGUUGUGUAUGUGGAUUCUAGAGGAUGUUGAGAGAAAAGAAUGGUCGAAAUAUGUCUACACUUUGCCUCUGAACAAUAUCCGCAAUGUUUUUGUUGUUGGGGUGAUUACUACAGGUGAGAUUGUUCUUUCAGGGAAGGUUACAUCUACACCGUUUUGUGUUUUCUACUUCAGUCCCGAAAGAAACACUCUCCAAAGAGUUGAAAUCCGAGGUGUUGGAGAAUACCAUGAAGCUUUUGAGACUGAAUGCACAGUUCGAGCAUUUGUAGACUAUGUAGUUGAUUCUAAGUUUAUAACAUAA